GGAAGAGGGAGGAGAGUCCCCAGCGCCGAGGGAGCCCGGUGCUAGAGAAAGGUAAGCUUCAGCCCGGCGGGAGGUGAGCCUGAGGGUGGGGGGGACCCAAAGACCCUAUAGAGCCAGGAAAACUAUAGUGGUCCUCUAAAUUGUUAGUCAACAAAAUUAACACUGUUGCAAAAGCAGGAGAACUGCAGGUUUCGCAAACUUUUUAUAUUUACUCCCAAUUAAAAAAUGCAUAAUGAAAUGCAUACAAGUUUUCAUUUGGGGUAUAUCUACUAAAAAUGAUUAUUUAUUUUGGAUUUGGGCAGUGGAGUGUUUCUUCAAGGAAUUUAAUAGACUCAGGGUUUUUACUAUAAAGAAUUAUACACUAAAAGCAAUCGAAAUUAGUCAAACUAAGAUACAAAUUAAAAAAAAUAAAUAAAAUGUAAUUCUUAUUUUUGCUAAACGCCAUUGAUUAUUUCAAAUGAAAAAAAAACCACAUUUUACUCUGUACCAUUGUAUAAAACACAGGAGUUUUAUAUUUUUCAAAAACUGAAUUGUAACGAAAUUCCGGCUGAACAAAUCCUGUAGCAGGCAAGUUUGCAAAUAAAUUCACCUGCUCUUUAAACCUACAAAAAAAAAACUACAUUUGCCCACUGGCAGUAGAAACAUGUCAAAAUAAUGGUAAAAAAAAUAAUAGAUUUGCUACAAAUCAAUUGCCAGUUCUCCUUUAAGACUGGCUGUGAAGCCGGAUGCCACUCUUACAGGCCAUUCAUUGCCCAUGAGCGUUAACAAUUUUCUAAGGAUAUAAUCUUCCUAUUUUAUUUUUCAAUCUUUAUAUUUUAGUGAGUUAUUGCGCCAACUCAAUAUUUAAACACAUCUAAAUCUGUGAGAAUUAGUUGACCACUUUUAUACAAUGAGUUAAAUUCUGUUCAUCGAAAUUUGCACAGAAUUGUCCUCAGCUAGCCCAAACCUCUUGUUCCAAACUGCGGAAGGACAGGGUGCAGAGCUUUGGGGUUAAAUAGUUUGUAAACAGUUUAAUCCCUAAAGGUAAGCUGGUGCCAGUGGCCUCCUAAUACCAUAACAACUUCAUUACAAUGAAGUUGUUAUGGUGCCAGACUAUUCCUUUCAGUUAGCUACAGUGAAUUGUACAUUGAAUUCCUGACAAUACACACUAUUUAGGGUUAUUCUCUAAACACAGAACUGUAGAAAAUUAAAAUCCAAAUGGAAAAACCGAUGCUAACAUGGCCAGGUUUGCGCCUACAUUUUGCCAUUCGGAUUUUAAUGCGCUAUAUUUCGCUGUUUAGUGAAUACCCCCCUUUAAGAAUAACCAUGUACUGAGCAUCCCUGCCAUUGCCACUUGCAGAAUAAACAUGGCCUCAAUAUAUGUCCCAUGGCAAGGGGUGUGAUUUAGAUUUGCGAUAAGGGAGUGAAGGAGAAGCACAUGACACCACCAUUUACUAAACAUAGCGCAUCUCUUUCACAGGUUCAGCGAAGUUUUUUUUGGGAAACAAUAGAGUGCCAUAACUAAGGAAGUCCGCCCAAGUUAUAGAGCUCACAGGCCGCUCUGCACACGCAUCAUCUCUAUGGUGAGUGAAAGGUCUCAAAUGACGUCACUUUCCGCUUCCGCUCUCUCUUCGCUACGCGGUAGGCCAAGAUGGUGAGUUGUUUGUUGGGUUCUCUCCCGUUUCAAUCUGCCGGCAUCCUCGCUGUCUGUAAUCUGCACCGGCUCGGUCUAUGGAGCCGCUUUACUAGUGACUCUCAGGGAACAUGUCCAGAGGGAUAUUGCCGGCAAUAUUCGCUUUUAUUGAUGAAUUUAUACCGGGUGGGAGUUAGGAAAUAGUCUCAUAGGAAUGGACGGGCCUUUAAUGGAAGUUCCCUGUAAGCUUUCACCACGAGCGUACAGCGGCUGUCAUUAAACCAAUUAUAGUUCAUUCUCUAUGAAUUACAGUCGGUUAUAACGCGAAUUUACUUUUUUUUUUUUUUUCCUCUCAUUGUCUUUGCAGUGUAUUAAAGCAGACUAGUUUGCCUCUGCAGACAUUUACAAAAUACCUGUACAAACUACUGAUGUACAAUCACAUCAUUUAGAUGGAUGACGUUUGUAUUACUGAACUGGGGUUUGAGCUAUUGCAAUGUGCUGGAACUCUUAAUAUGCACCAUAACCACUACCACUCACUGCAGUGGCACAAGUCUGUGGGUGAUGCCUCAUAUUUUAUUGUAUAACAAUUUAAGAUAAAUGUGUCCAAAAUUAAAACCACUGCUUCUAGCACCCACUAACACUUAUGCAUUUGCAUUUAAACAGGUUGGCAUUAAAAUGCAUAUAUCUAAGCAUGGGCACAACUUUGCAUCAUUGUGAAGUUUACGGUGCAGGGACUACAGCUUACCGCAUGCGUUUGUUCCUGGAACACAAGCUUUGUAUCCUGUAUAUUGCGGGACAUGGGUUCAUAUCAGAACCCUUUCAGAAUUCGACACUUGCAACUGUUCACACAAUUAUGCAUUAACCUAUUGGGGGUUGGCUUUUAAACCGGCACUGUGACAGUCUGGGUGAUUUGCUAAAUUUACAAAGACCCCAGACUAUGACAUUGCCACUUGGGGGGGUGGGGGGGGCAGGGAAAGGUGAAUUAUACUUGCCCGAACCUGUCCCUUGCGGGCGCCACCAUAUUCUUGUGGUGGACCAUCUUCAGCGAAGUGCCAGGAGCUGCUGUACUCUUGCACUUGCGCAAGCGCACAGCAUUGCAGUCUGGAUCUUCCAUUGACAGAGCCAAUUCCAUGCUGCUGGGUGAUACUUCUAGACGGCAGUAGUUCUCCCAGUGUCCAGAAGUGUCAGGUGUAGGAAAUAUACGUAUGACAAAGUGGUCCCUAUUUUGUCAUUUGUUUUUAGUUAGAAACUGAUAAAUACCGGGGGGGUGGGAGAGGGGUAGUGAAUAGGAAGCGAUUGGGGGGGGGAAAGAAAGGCUUGACAGUGAUGUUUUAGGUUACAUUCCCUUUUAAAGUUGUUGACAAAAGUGCUAAAUGUGUAACUUACGGUCUGCACAUUCCCUGAAGUUUAAUUUCUAGAGUUCACUGUGCAUUUCUCUAGUUGACAAGCUUUCCACAAUUCUUAUAAUUUGUUGGACCUUUAUUUGGGAAUGUCUGCAUGUGCAGUAAUAUUUUUGGCAAAUUCUAAAUCUUUGCCAUCAAAAAAAUGAAUGUGCAAACCACUAUUUCCAUUAGGUCAUAUGCUAGAACAGUGCAUACUUUAAAGGAGCAUCAGUUAUGUUAGGAGUGCCCUGGCAACCUCCCAAGAUGAAUAGUAAGUUUGCUAAUUAUUUGCCAACUUACCUGGGUUCCUGGACACUGGUCAGAGCCUCUAGAACAGCUAUAAGCCAUUGGAGAGAACUUUUCACCUUUAUUUUAUUAUGUAUUAAGUGCAGGCAUAUUCUGUAGCGCUGUACAAUGGGUGGACUAACAGAUGCAUAAUUGUAACCAGACAAGUUGGGGUUGAGGGCCUUGCUUAGUGAGCUUACAUGCUAGAGGAAAAGUGGUUUGGCUGCUUACCCUAUGAUGGUGCCGGGGCAUGUUUGGCACCAUAAAUACUUGGUGAUCAGUGGUUAUGGUGCUUGUAGUGCUCCUUUGAAUUUUCACAUUUGACAUGCCAGGUAAAAUUUAGAUUUUUUUUAAUUGGGAGGUGGAUUCUAUAAUGGAGCAAGACCUCAGAAUUUAUUUUAUGGAAUUAGAUGGGUUUGUUAAAUGGCGUUUUCUUUUCCAAUAGGUCAAUGUUCCGAAGACACGUCGGACCUACUGCAAGAAAUGUGGGCGUCAUCAGCCACAUAAAGUGACUCAGUACAAGAAGGGAAAAGAUUCCCUGUACGCCCAAGGUAAGAGCAAAGCUGUGUAGAUGUUAUGUAUGGUAUGUUACAUGUGAUUGUGUGGCAGGUUAGAUGCUAGUGAAUUGUUUUGUCUGUCUUGAUUAGCUUAUCCCACUGAUAGUAUGUACUUUCUUUAGUGUUGUAACUGAAACUAUAUUCCCUUCUUACGUUACUUGUCACCUUACAUUUACUAGUGCAUAAAAAUGAUGUAUGAAACUUUAACAUUAAAGUGAUGUGGAUGGUAUAUUGCAUUCUAUUCAUGUCUACAGCUUUUGGUUAGUUUUAUUUCUUCUUUCAAGUAAUUGAGAUGCAGUACGUUGUAUUGCAUAUCUGAUAUUGCUUGUAGAGGCAACUAGAAGGCUAUUUAAAGGGACACUAGAUUCACCCAAAUCACUUAAUCUCAUUGAAGUGGUCUGGUUGCAGUGUCCCAGUCCCAAUUAGUCCUGCAAUGUAAAUCAUUGCAGUUCUUGAGAAACUAAUAAUUAUGGCUGUCUGACGGCCUCUAGAGGCAGUCUUAGUCCUGCAAUGUAAUUAUUGCAGUUUCUCAAUACUGCAAUAAUUACCUUGCAGGACUAACACUGCCUCCAGUAGCUGUCAGACAGCCACUAGAGACACUUCCUGGUUGCUAACAGACUUUCGGUCGCCUAACCCAUCGGAUUAGGAGGUGGAUCGCCGACCCAGCAACAAGGAACCUCGGCUCUGGAAUCUGGUAAAUUACUAAAGGGCUUUUUUCCCUUUCGUUGCUGGAUGGGGAGGAGGGACCAGUGGACUCUAUAGUGUUAGGAAUACAAAUUUGUAUUCCGAACACUAUAGAAUCCCAUUAAUUCAAUUUUGUCUAUUGUGCAUGCACACACAAGGCUUUCCUCUUCCCUGGAUAGCAAAACACAGCCUGGUUUAGCUUAUCUGCCACUUAGGAGUUUAUGGGAUAAGAUCGGUCCCUGGCUAGAAUGAGGCUAUUGUGAUUAGAGCUAUAAUUUGUUUUACCUAGAAAAUCCUUUUUAAAUGUGAUAAUUUUUCUAAACUACAAAUUAAUUGCUGACUGUGUUGUACUUUGCUCAAUAACCUAUUCACUUAAUGCAUCUCCCAACAGGAAAGAGGCGAUAUGACCGCAAGCAAAGUGGUUAUGGUGGACAAACAAAGCCUAUCUUCAGGAAGAAGGUGGGUGUCUUUGUGUUGUUUUUUUUUUUUUUUGUUUCCUUCUAAAAGAAAUAUUAAAGAAUCAAUGGUGUAAAAAUUACUCUUUAAUAUAAAGCAUUGCUAAUUUGCAGAAAAAAAAACUGCAAGAGGAGGCUCCACUAAUCUAGAGCCUUUCACUUUUGUCUAUGGGGUCUCAUGUCAUCUCAUAAACCAAUGUCCAACAGUAAUUUUAUAGGACAACUAGUUUUAUAAUUAAAAAAAAAAGUUGGUCAUCACAUAGGAUUAAUAAAGUGAUGGAUGCCCUUUAACGUUUGGGUGUAUGCAGGGCUUGGACUGAUCUCUUUUGGAAAGAAACUAAAAUUCUGCAUGCAUGACUUUGACAAAGAUGAGAAAAUACUAUAAUCACUUUUUAACUUGUUUAACCCCUUCCCGACCGCAGGUGUAUUAGGUAUGUCCAACAAAAAUGGUCCUUAAGGACCUCUGACAUACCUAGUACAUCUGCAGCAUUCCUAAUUACUUACUUGAUCGCUGCUGUUCUCCCGCCAGCGAUAGACAGUCGCCCCCAAAACGAGAGGAAUGACAGUCCUCCCUCUGCAAAUUAGGCACCCGCUGGCCAUGUGAUCGCUCUGAAAUAUGUAACUUUCCAAGACCCCCUAAAACCUGUACAUUGGGCUACUCUAUGUAUAUUUAUAUAUAUUUUCAGUGAAACUUACGUUUUUUGCCUUUUUCACACAAACUGCACUUUCACUGUUGAUAUUGUGAUAAGCUUUACUGUUUUGAAACACUAAUAUUUGUGUUCAGCAAAGUCUCCGGAGUAUAACAGUAUCCCCGAUGUACAGGUUUUAUAGUGUCUUUGAAAGUUACAGGGUCAAAAAUAAGGCUUGCUUUUCAGUUUUUUUUCCACAUUGAAAAUUGCUGGAUUGGUUAUGUUGCCUUUGUGAGCGUAUGGUUGCCCAAGAAUGAGAAUUACCCCCAUGAUAACAUACCAUUUGCUAAAGAAGACAACGCAAGGUAUUGCAAAUGGGGUAUGUCCAGUCUUUUUUAUUAGCCACUUAGUCACAAACACUGGCCACGGUUAGCGUUUAUCUGUGUUAAAAAAGCAAAAAAACUACUACUAAUGCUAAUUUUGGUCAGUGUGUGUCUAAGUGGCUACUAAAAGACUAGACCUACCCCAUAUUGAAUACCCUGGGUUGUUUGUAUUUAUAACUAUUUCCAUCUGGGCAUUACAUUGUGGCAUUCUUUUUAAUUGUGCUGAAGCACAGCCUGGUUGAAUGGAAUUCAGCAAAUAAACUUGGUAUUUUGCUUGACUUUCCUUUAGACUGCAGAGCUACUUAUCCAGAUUGCAUGUACACACUAGUUUGUCCUUUAACGAGAAGUAGGGAAGGUAUAAAUUUCACCAAUUCAAAGAAAACAUGACUCUCUUUACUUUUUAUUUCAUUGCAGGCUAAGACCACAAAGAAGAUUGUGCUGAGGCUGGAAUGCGUUGACUCAAACUGCAGAUCCAAGAGAAUGUUGGCAAUCAAGAGAUGUAAACACUUUGAACUUGGAGGUGACAAGAAGAGAAAGGUGUGUAUUUGUAUUUAGAUGUAUAACUAGGAAGCAUUUUUAUGAACACAGAAAAAAGGGGCACAGUGAAAUGAAAAUAGAAUGGCAUGGUUAAGACUAGCUAUAAAUAUAAUGGCACUUGAAAAAUUUUACAAAAAGCAUUUGGCUUUCAUUUUGCAGUUUUGUUUUUAUAUUAGAAUUCAGUGCACAGUGAAUAUAAUUAUUUGACUUUCAUAUGUGGGAUCACAGAAUGAAAAAAUUAAAAUGAUGGGUUUUGGAAAGUAUAUUCCAAACUUUUUCUCUUUGGUUAAUGAUGUAGAAACUAUAGUUCUGUGAAAUAAUUUUGUUCCUAAUUUAUUUAUUUAUUCUCUUUUUAGGGACAAGUUAUCCAGUUCUAAAUUGCUGCAGUGUUUGUUUCCAACUAAUAAAAUUGUCAUAUGAUCAAAUUCUUCAAGUUUCGUUUUUUUAUAUAUAUAUAUAUU